AUGAAUUCAAAUCCUAAUUAUUAUUUGGUUUUUCUUGGAAAUCCAGGAACAGGUAAAUCAUCCAUUUGUAAUUGUUUAUGCGGACAAUUGAAAUGUAAAUCUGGAAAUUCAAGUGGAACAGGUUUGACAACUCAAUCUCAGAUCAUAGAAAAUGGAGAUUAUACAAUAAUAGAUACACCAGGAUUAAGAGACCCACAAAGUAGAAAACAAGCUGCAAAAGAAAUUUCAAAUUCUUUAAAACUAAAUGGAUAUUAUAAAUUAAUAUUUGUUACUACUUUAGAGUCUGGAAGAGUUUAUGUUGAUGAUAUUGAGACUAUCAAUGUUAUUCUCAAGUCUUUGAGUUGCCCUAUAAAGUACGGAAUCAUUCUCAACAAGAUAACUCCAAAUGUUCAUCGCAAGAUUCUAGAGAAUUCCUCAGUUCUAUCUUGUUGUUGGAGAUUGCUUGGAUAUCAACCAUGUGCAAGUUACAUAUUGAAAAACUUUGAUCAUAUGAAGGAUAAUACUGCACUCAUUGAAGACCAGACAACUAAAGGAGCAUUGAAACAAUUUAUCGAUUCAAUUCCAACUAUCUAUAUAGAUGAGUCAAUGGUUGGUGAAAUCGAUAUUAGAGACUACGAAGAAAAGGUUAGUGAAUUGGAAUUAAGGUUCGGCGAGAUGCAAAAACAAUUAACAACUCAAAUCGAAAACAAUCAAGAGUUAACCAAGAGAACAGAUGAUUUAGGAAUCAUUUUGGAGAAAGAGAGAGAAGAUGCAAAAGAAACACAAUUGUUAGGAAUUCAACAAUUAGUUAAACUCCAAGAGAAGUUUAGUGAGGACCAAAAAAUGAUGGCAGCUCAAGCAAAUGAGAUGAUGAUCAGACAAAUGGAGAUACGUGCAGAACAUUCGAAACCCAUUAUUAUUGAUGGUGGAAAUGGAAGUAGUGGCUCAUUCUCAUUCAAUAUACCAGUAUCUCUUCCAGGUUGUUCUAGUCAAUAA